GAAUGCAAUGCUGUUUAAAAGGAGAAGCCGUCAGAGCUCGCCGCAUAACCGUAUGAUGCUUGUAGAGAUGUAGUGAGUACAGGGCGCUGUCGAGACCAUGUUGAGCAGGUUGCAGGAGCUCAAGAAGGAAGAAGAGACUCUGCUGAGGAUCAAAAUGAUGCUACAAGAGCAGCUGAACAGGCUAAAGUUUGAAGAAGGAGCACUGAGGUCAAUGAUCACUACCCAGGGUGAGGAAAAUGUAUCUGAAACUACUGCUUCACAGAGUUCAGCACAGCUGGAUGAUGCAAAUGAGAUCAACCACACCAAACUACAGCUAAGCACUGUAGUGCACUAUGAAAUGGAGGAAGAAGAGGAAGAUGAAGAGUUGGAGGCUGUGGAAGAGGAGGAAGAUUGUAACUACUGAGUUUCUUAGAAGUAACUUAUCAGGUCACAUUGAGGACUGAUCUCAAGAUCAGAAAUGCUGACUUGCUAAUUUAUACUCACUGUGGAGGUGCUGUACAUUUAUUAGCUGUAUAUUGGUGGAUCCAGGCUGCUUCCAAAGUUAUCUACAAUUUCCAUAACUUUAGUAUUUAAUGUCAAAAUUAGCUUUUGGUAAUUCUUGUUUUAGAACUAACUUUUUUGCUGUUUCCAGUUACAUGGUUUGGUACUUUAACUCCAGAUGAGCAUGUAGACAAUAGCACUGCUAUCCUGGCAGUCACCUGCAAGAUCCUCAACUGAAUAAAUAUUAACUAUGUAUAAGGAAAAGUGACAGCUGUUGCUGUGGUAACUGUCUUUUGGGUUAAACCAUUUGUACAAGUUAUGGAUGAUAAGGUUUCAUAAGUGGUACCAGCUAUGUUUCAGCACAAAACUUAACCUCUGACAAGAGUGUACAAAUAUCAGCUGUUCCCAGCAAAAUAUAUCCUGAGCAGUGGGGUAGACCGCUGCACACGUUGUCUGUACAGGCUACGGAAGGCCUCUAGUCCAAUGACAUACUUGUCUCACUUUCAACCUCAUGUCUGAACUAAUAAAUAUAGUCAACUGUGACUGUUGUCCCAGCUCUGCUAGUGCAGCUUCUUUCUCACAGGAUUCCACAUCCAUUGGCAUAAUGUUGACAGUUGAGUAUGCAUUAAACUUAAUUUCAGUUCAUGCAACUAAAAACAGGACAGCCAUGAGUUGUCAGGCAGGGA